ACUGGCGCAAAAUAACGCCUACCUAUUAGAAUGUAAAGUCUAAGUUCAUUCAUAUUCCUACAUGAUUAUAGGUAGACACGAUGGAUGUUUUCAUACCAUCUGUAUCAGACUCUCCAGCCAACAUAAUACGCCAAACAUGUGUUUCUUCGAUUAAGCAGCAUCCUGAUGGUCCUAUAGCACAACUAUCAUAUUUGUCAGCUCGAGUAUACAGAGCUGUGAAUGCUGCUAUGCAGGUUUUACAGCCUAUUUAUGAACCUGACCUCACGGAUUCUCAUGGCGAGUCUGUCCAUCGCAUACCCAUAUCGGCUAUCAAGUCUGAAAUGGAAGAGUUCAUUCGCAAGAAUCAAGUAUUAGAGACUAACCAAUCGUUCAAUGAUAACGGUGAGAUCUUCAGUCCCAAAAAGGACGUUUGUAAUGUUUCUGGGAAGGGAUAUUCAUUUGACUUCGUCGAUGCGGACGAUGAACGGAGUACGGCUGCAGUAUCCGCUGAUGGCAUUGAGGGUACCAAUGACGUUCCUAUGAUGGAUAUGGAUCAAUUCAUGGAGCUGCUAGUAUCAUGCGCUAAUGAGGUGGAGAUGCCUUUGUAGAUCUUAUUCCUUGUCGCAGCGUAGUUUUUG